AGCACCAAAAUGGCAGAGAAUCAGGAACUGUUCUGUUGCUCCAUCUGUCUGGGUCAACUGAAGGAUCCGGUGACUACUGCCUGUGGACACAGUUACUGUAUGGGAUGUAUUAAAGAAUGCUGGGAUCAGGACGAUCUGAAAGGUUUCUACAGCUGUCCACAGUGCAGAGAGACCUUUAUCCCAAGGCCUGUUCUGAACAGGAGCACUGUGCUGGCUGAGCUGGUGGAGAAACACCGCUAUGCUGGACCUGGAGAUGUGGCGUGUGAUGUCUGCACUGGGACCAGAAAGCAGAAAGCCCUCAUGUCCUGUCUGGUGUGUCUGGCCUCUUACUGUGAGACUCACCUCCAACCUCACUAUGAAUUUCCUGCUUUCAAGAAGCACAAGCUGGUCAAAGCCACCGCACAACUACAGGAGAAGAUCUGCUCUCAUCAUGACAAACUGCUGGAGGUUUACUGUCGUACCGAUCAGCAGUGUAUCUGUUAUCUGUGUACAAUGGAUGAACAUAAAGGCCAUGAUACAGUGUCAGCUGCAGCAGAGAGGAUUGAGAAACAGAGGCAGCUGGGGAUGAGUCAGCAGAAGGUCCAGCAGAGAUUCCAGGAAAGAGAGAAGGAGCUGAAGGAGCUCCAACAGGCUGUGGAGUCUUUCAAGCGCUCUGCACAGGCAGCAGUGGAGGACAGUGAUCAGAUCUUUACUGAGCUGAUCCGCUCCAUUGAGAGAAGGAGCUCUGAGGUGAAGGAGCUGAUCAGAGCCCAAGAGAAGGCUCAAGUGAGUCAAGCUGAAGGACUCCUGGAGCAACUGAAGCAGGAGAUAGCUGAGCUGAGGAAGAGAAGCACUGAGCUGGAGCAGCUCUCACACACAGAGGAUCACAUCCAUUUCCUCCAGAGUUAUCAGUCUCUCUCCAGUAUCAGUGUAUCUUCAGACUUACCCAGCAUCAUUGUCCGUCCUCUUCAGUACUUUGGAGAUGUGAGUAAGACUGUGUCUGAACUGAGAGAGAAACUAGAAGACUUCCUUAAAGGAGAAUGGACCAAGAUCUCCACUACAGUGAAUAUAGUGGAUGUUGUACUGCCUCCAGAGCCCAAGACCAGAGAACAGUUGUUACAAUAUUCCUGUCAGCUCACACUGGACCCAAACACAGCACACACACUCCUCUCUCUGUCUGAAGGGAACAGAAAGGUGACCUUUACAGUCCAAUUCCAACCAUAUCCUGACCAUCCAGACAGAUUCACAUACUGGUGUCAGGUUCUGUGUAGAGAGGGUCUGUCUGGACGCUGUUACUGGGAGGUGGAGUGGACUGGUGAUGUUUUUGUUACAGCAGUCUCAUAUAAAGACAUCAGCAGAACAGAGAGAGGUAAUGAUGGUGCAUUUGGAUUCAAUAACAAGUCCUGGAGUUUAAAGUGCUCUAGUGGUGAUUAUUGUUUCAGACACAAUAAUGUUGAGACUCAAGUAUCAGGCCCUCAGUCCUCCAGAGUAGGAGUGUACCUGGAUCACAAGGCAGGUACUCUGUCCUUCUACAGUGUCUCUGACACAAUGACCCUCCUCCACAGAGUCCAGACCACAUUCACUCAGACCCUCUAUCCUGGGUUUUAUGUCUCUGGUUCUUCUGAGCUGGUUAAACUGUAGUAGGGUCCACAUAGAUACUAGUCAUGCUGGUGUAGUCUAUAGCUGAGCUGGUUAAACUGUAGUAGGGUCCACAUAGAUACUAGUCAUGCUGGUGUAGUCUAUAGCUGAGCUGGUUAAACUGUAGUAGGGUCCACAUAGAUACUAGUCAUGCUGGUGUAGUCUAUAGCUGAGCUGGUUAAACUGUAGUAGGGUCCACAUAGAUACUAGUCAUGCUGGUGUAGUCUAUAGCUGAGCUGGUUAAACUGUAGUAGGGUCCACAUAGAUACUAGUCAUGCUGGUGUAGUCUAUAGCUGAGCUGGUUAAACUGUAGUAGGGUCCACAUAGAUACUAGUCAUGCUGGUGUAGUCUAUAGCUGAGCUGGUUAAACUGUAGUAGGGUCCACAUAGAUACUAGUCAUGCUGGUGUAGUCUAUAGCUGAGCUGGUUAAACUGUAGUAGGGUCCACAUAGAUACUAGUCAUGCUGGUGUAGUCUAUAGCUGAGCUGGUUAAACUGUAGUAGGGUCCACAUAGAUACUAGUCAUGCUGGUGUAGUCUAUAGCUGAGCUGGUUAAACUGUAGUAGGGUCCACAUAGAUACUAGUCAUGCUGGUGGUGAUGGUCCCCAGAUGUGAUGAUUCAUUCUGCUCUGUUUUAUCUACAAUGAUUUAACUGAUUUGAUCUUCAGAAGAUGUUAUGAAUUAUAAUUCAAUGUUUUCAUAUUUUUGUAAUUGCAAUGUUUUAAUCUUGUACAUUUCCAUGAAUCAUGAUGUCUGGUGUUGAUGUAUAUUUGUUGUCAUUCAGAACCAUUGCUAUGUUUUCUCAGUUGGUUCUCUGUCUCUAUGUAAUUCUCCUCAGUAUCAUUGAUCAGCUUGUUGGUCCUAAUUGAUGUGUUCUCUGUCACCUGGAGCUGCAUGGAAAAUGGUCCAGGAACUAAAGGACAAUUCAGGACUAGUCAGCCCACUACAAGCUGGUAUCACUUACUUUCUACUAAACUAUAUGGACUGGUUUCCCAGACACAGAUUAAUCCUAGUCCUGGACUAAAAAGUAUGUUCAAUGUAGAUGUCCAGGAAACCGGCCCUAAAUGUGUCAUCUUUCAUCCUCCCAUACUGCUCAGUCCAGCAACAUUAAACCUGUCCAGCAGGUGGUGCUAUUGACCAAACAAUAAAACCAGCAGAUAUCUUGACUUGCCACUCAGUAUAUCAGUAAUGUUCAGAAUAGUACUUUAAUAUCAUUGGAGAUUGAUGGUCUUUUUAAUCCACUAUCCAGAGUCAGGAACAGAUGAAGUUAGGUCUGCUACUGUUCAGUGAUUAAAUAUGAUUUAUGGUGAUGGGAAAUAAUAAAAAACACUAAACUUCA